UUAAUGCAGCGAAGAAGAACACCUGACAGGAAGUUUACAAAUGAACAAAUGUUUGCUAUGAUUUUCCCGCGCACAUGAAGUGGCCCGAGUCAUUUUCAGUCAACCACGCCAGGAAGAAUGGAUGAACUAUACUUAGACAACAUUGAUGAAUACAUACAUGAUCAAAAUCAAAUUGUGACUUACAAAUGGCUGAGUCUAUCGCUUGGUGUCCAUGUCAACCUUGCCAAACAGAUGCUCUACCAUUACUUAGACCGAUGCCGAAAGGAUGGAUCAAAAACUCCGCUUCAUGCCACCUACCUUGUCUCUGGAAAGUGUGUUCAGAACGGUAGCUUGUGUCACAAGGUGUCUGUUGUGCGCGAAGACAAACUUGAAGAUAUGAAGACGAGGAUGGAUCCGACAAUCAGCAUACAUGUAUACAGCAUUCAGAAAGCAGAGAUAAAAGACAGCAGCACUCUUUAUAGCACAGACUAUGAUGCCGUGAGAGAUAAUCUAAAACACUGCAACAAGUACAGUGCCAUCCAUUGUGCGGCAGCUGUUCCCAUGUCCCCUACAGAAUUGGAGUUGAUUCAAGAAAUACAACAGACCUCAUCCCCAGAAAAAGUCAGCAAAUCUGGAUUAACUGGUCAUGCUUCAGUUGCCAAAGCUAAUGUUAAAAAAAGUCAAGGGAUUAUGGGAAUGUUUGCAAACAAAAACACUGCGAAGAAUCAAGGGUCCAACAUAGAAGUGAAACUGGAGAAGAAAGACGACGCACCUUCGGUUGAAACCUUGGAAAGUAAACCUGCUGGCAUGGCUUCAGCUGUGAACAACUUUUUUGGAAAACCAACAAAAAAACAGGACAAAUGCAUCAAGAAAGAGGCUGAAUCGUCAGCACAGUCAUCUACGGUGGAGAGCAAACAUCCAAAGGAUGCAGAACUGCCAUCCAAAUCGGAUGAUGUCAAGGAGAAAGCACUUAAGGAUUCUAAAGCUAAGAGGGAAAAAAAGGACGUUAGGAGUAAGUCAAAGAGGCCUGAGCUGACUGAUAGUGAGGAUGAGAAGACUGAAAGCAGUAACAAGAAGAAAAGACGGAGGAUAAAGAAGCCCCGGUCAGACAGCAGUGAUGAUGAUGAAGCAGCCAUUGCAGAUUCACCAGCUAAACCUACUACGGUGACGACAGGAAGCCCUGAAAGCCAAGUGAAAGAAGAAUCCUUGCCAACUCUGGAAGUCUUUCCAGAAGGAAAGAAAAGGAAGAGGAGACGUGUUUUAAAGUCCAAAACAUCUGUUGAUGAGGAGGGUUGCAUUGUGACUGAGAAAGUCUACGAGAGUGAAUCAUACUCCGAGAAUGAUGAAGUGGUGACCAGCCAACCGAAAAGGUCUGUGCUGCCAGUCCCUGGGAAGAAAGAGGAAGGAAGAAAAAGUGCGAAGCGUCAAGCGUCAAAUAAAUCAUCUAAACAAGUCUCCAUCAUGGGAUUCUUCCAGAAGAAAUGAGCUCCACAGUUAUCUGUCAAACUUUAAGAUGUUUUUUUUUUUCUGUAAUCAGCUUCUGGUUGAUUAUCUUGUAUCACUCAAUAUAAAAUGUUUCUGGUGAAGUUGCUUCAGUUUUGUGGAGACAUUAAACUUGCUGUUUUUGUAUUGGCCAUUAGUUGUGUGCUGUAAGGGUUUACAUGGAUAUGUCACUUGUGAAACAAACAAAAAAAAUAGUUUUCAUUUUGAGGCAGUUGAAAUUCCCCUCUCAUGAUUUACUUGCAUGUUCUGUAUAGGUGGUCCUUAUUGUAGGAUUACAUGCAUGUGGUCAAAUGUGGGGCUAUUCUUUCAAAUAACAUUUCUGAUGGUACAUAUAACCCAAAAUGUCUGAAGGAAGUCAUUGAAAAUGGCCAUGUAUUUAAAUAUCCAAAAUCUAGCAAGGAAGCCAAUACCUUUUUAGGCUGCAGGAUAUUCCUCCUUAGUAUGAUUUUGAUCAAUUUGAUGAUGGAUUAUGAUUUAUGAUCAGCCUUUUUAAAAAUCUCAUAUUUGACAAGACUCUGACGCCACAUUAUUACCAUUAAUGAUUUGUGUAUUAAAAUGAAUUGUACUGUUCUGAAAAGUCA